AUGCACUGCAGCAGCUCAAGGAUUAAAGCCAUGAGCAGUACCACCUCGGAAGACAGAGACUGUCGACAACUGGGAUCACCUACCCUGCCCUGGUGGUUGAUUCUCCCCAUCGCUGAAUCCCGUGAGUAUCUCCUCAGUUUGCAGUCAUCCUUUUACAGCUGGUUGUGUCAAGUUGGAUCGUGUCGAGAAGACAGAAUGUCUGGAGAAAGCGCGGUGAGUCCAGUGCCCGCAGCAUCAACCCGCACCACCUCCUUCAAAGGAGCAAGCCCAAGCUCCAAGUAUGUCAAGCUGAAUGUGGGAGGAGCUCUCUACUACACUACCAUGCAGACCCUGACCAAACAGGACACCAUGCUGAAGGCUAUGUUCAGUGGCAGGAUGGAGGUGUUGACAGACAGUGAAGGCUGGAUCCUAAUUGACCGCUGUGGGAAGCAUUUUGGCGCUGUUCUGAACUACCUGCGAGAUGGCGCAGUCCCCCUGCCAGAGACUAACCGUGAAAUCGAGGAGCUGCUGGCUGAGGCCAAGUACUAUUUGGUGCAGGGGCUGGUGGAGGAAUGUCAGGCUGCUCUUCAGUAUCUGCAGUAUUUUAGCAUUGCUUGGUAUCGUUUUGGUUUGAAGUUAAUCGUUCCAACAAAUGCAUUUAUAAAGCAAAAACAAUACGGCUGUGUUGGAGGAGUCACAAGGAUUUCACAGUUCUGGGUAACGAUGGGGAAAGAAGAAUGUGACCCUAGAAGAAGGCAAGAAGACUUCCUUCUCUUUGCCGUGAGAAAUCUGAUCACAGGGAAAGGGCUGGUUGGUGGGUUUGCGUAA